AGGCAGGAGGAAGCAGAAAGCUUAUGCCAAAACCAAGCCAGGUUAGAAGGGGUAAGGUAAGAAGGUUGCAUCGCUCUCAUCCCCAAAACCACUUACUACCACCACCAUCCACCCUCUUGGCUUGGUUUAUUGGCUUCGCUACAUGGCCAAAGGCCGCAAGCUCACUACCGCGCGAAGCGACCGCUUCCUCGCUGCCACAACCACCUACUCCCACGUCUCCACCGCCUCCGAAACUUCCGAGUUCCGGGAAGAGGACAUCUGGUCCUCGUCGGAGGAUCGUGACCGCCACCUCACUCUCUCACAUGACGACUGGGAGCCACGCGCCUCUCCCCGCCGCAGGGAGGGCCACUCGCACCACCGCCACGUGGGAGGACUCUCCCUCGCGUUCGAGGACCCCAAGGCCGGGACAAAUAAUGGCGCCAUGACUGCUACCUCCUCCUCGAGGAUCGUGCACCAGUACCGCGCGCAGCACGACGCCGUUUCUUCGCGUCGGGGCCGCCACGUGGCGGCGUCUGCGCCAGUGAACGUGCCGGAUUGGAGCAAGAUACUCCGAGUGGAUUCGGUGGAAUCGCUGCACGAGAUGAAAGAUAGUUUUGACGACGAAGACGACGACGACGGCGAUUCUGAGAUGGUUCCACCGCACGAGUACUUGGCGCGCAGCCGGAAGAUGGCGGCGAACUCAGUUUUUGAAGGAGUGGGUCGCGCUGGUGCUGUGUUAAUUUAAAAAUUUUGGCAUAGUAUUAAAAAUUGUUGUGGUUAAAAUUGGAUGAAUGAGUUUUGUUGUGGACUACUUGUGGUUCAACAAUCAACCCUACGGCCAGUGAGCCUAAACUUAUAUUUGGAUAUUGAAGUUCUAUGAAGAAUCAAGACCGUCUUGAACUAGUACCACUUUAAUCUCAUCUUGAAAAUUAAUUAUGUGUUGUUGAUCCAA